CUCUAAUCCUUGCUCACACAGUAAAGCCAUCAUGACUGACACACUUCGAAGAAGAAGGCGGCCAGCAAUAUCCUGCGCGCUAUGUAGACGACGGAAAAUAAGAUGCAACAAAGAGACGCCUUGCAGCAAUUGUGUUCGCUCCAGAAAUGCAGUGUGUGUGUACAAAACCUCUCCGUACCCCCUGCAUGGUCACCCAAUCACUAUUGCACCUGCGCCUGCACCUGCGCAAAUCGUGGCGCCUGUAUCUGUAUAUGGACGCAGUACAUUGGAUGUCACUCCAUCGUUAUCACCAGAGCCUACUGUAGCCUCAGCACCACCCGAUCAAGCCUCUAUGGACAUGGAGUCUAUGAGGCUUAGGAUACAGGAAUUAGAGGAGCGACUCUCUCAAGCCAGCACGCCCACUUCCUCGGCACCGUCUGUGCCAUCAAGUUCUGACCUCAACCUACCUUGGCGCAGCAGAGACCAAAUGGCCUCCACACUUGGAGGCGCGUUCGAUUUGGUCCAAGAAAGUCGACUCUUUGGGCAAGCCCAAGCAGUCGUCCGUAGCGUGGCCCACAAGAACCGCGUCUUUGGGCAGAGUCACUGGAUCUCAAGUUUCACGCUGUUCCGAGACAUAAUCGAUAUGAUAGAGCCAUUCAUGAGAACAAAUUCGUCAAAGACGCUGUUUGGCGUGCAGCGAGCAAAGGUAUUGGCCCGAACAAUAAAAGCGCAACGGGCGCCCUUGUGGCCGCUUGCACCUACAACAGACAUGCCUCUCAGACACAUUUGCGAUGUGCUUGUGGAUGGCUACCUUCGUACCAUCGAGACAUUAUAUCGCAUCGUUCACAUCCCCUCAUUUCGCAAAGACUAUGAAGCUGUGUGGAUGCCUGGAGCGCAGCCUGAUACGGGGUUCAUGGUGCAACUGAAACUGAUUUUAGCCAUCGGAGCAACCCUGUACGAUUCCACAUUUUCUAUGCGCACCGAAGCUACGCGUUGGGUGUACGAAGCACAAUCAUGGCUCAUGUCACCCGCCUUCAAGUCAAAGCUUGGCAUCUGCUUCAUACAGAACAACAUUCUAGUCUUGAUAGCUCGCGAGCUCGUCGACGUAGGUGGUGAGAUGAUCUGGAUCUCCGCCGGGGCAGUAGUACGAUCUGCCGUCUACGUGGGCUUGCAUAAAGACCCAGAUCAGCUGCGGAACAUGUCAGCCCUGGAUGCUGAGAUGAGGCGGCGCUUGUGGAACACCAUUUUGGAGGUUUCGCUACAGUCCAGUCUUGUCUCUGGCGGACCAUGCUUCAUCCAAAUGAACGAAUUCGACACGCAACCGCCCAGCAACUACGACGAUGAAGACCUGGAUGCUGCGGAACCCAUGCCCAAGCCAUCCGAUCAUUACACACGGAGCUCCGUUGCGAUUGCGCUCAGGCAAACAUUUCCAGCUCGUCUCGCCGUUGUGAAGUUUCUCAAUGAUCUGUUUUCGACCGGAACCUACCAAGAAACAGUCAGACUUGAUGGCGAACUCAGGCAGGCCUACAAAGACGUCAGGCGCAAAUUACAGUCUACUUCUGCAACUGCGCAGACCAAACCCAGAGACUUCGAGCUUCAGGCCGUCGACUUUGUACUGCACCGUUACAUCUCGUCGCUACACGUGCCCUACUUCUCUGCAUCGUUGCACGGAGCAACGUAUGCGUACACACGUAAGUCCGUAGUGGAGUCUUCGCUGAAGCUAUGGUCGCUAGCGGCAUCCACCCGUGCCGUAACCAGCAAUCCAUCGUUCCCGUACAUAGAGGGAGAUCUACCAAGGCUUUGCAGGUGCGGCUCUGGUUUCUUCCGCGCCUUCGCUUUUCAAUCCGCAUCGCUACUCGGCGUUGAGCUCCGCGCAUUGCAUCAGGAAGAUAGCAUCAGCGAGGUCAAUAUCCGUCCUGACCUUGUUCAUAUUGUGGAUGAUGCUGCAGACUGGUAUUUGCAAUGCAUCAGAGCUGGUGAGACGGGCAUUAAGGGAUACAUGCUCCUCAGCCUACUGGCCGCACAGAUCGAUGCGCUCAAACGAGACGUACCGAAAGACGAGAUGCCGCUCAUCCUUAUCAGGGCAGCAGAGCGCGCAGAGGGGGAGUGUCUGCCGCUGCUCGAGGAAUUAGCGGGUUGCAAAAAGCCUGAUGAAGAGGUGGAUCCGUUCGUGAACAUAGACUUCCAGCAGUCGGCGGGGUUUCUGGAGGAUUGGGAUACAUUGAUGGCGGAUGUUUUUAACCUUGGGUCUGGGACACAGUGGGAUUCUUUCUUGACCUGAUAAGUAAGUCUUGUUCGUUUCGCAUGUCUCAUCUAAAUCCUUGACUUCCGGUCAUUUGACUCUGGUAGGGUCGUACAUCAGUCUCAGCUAAACAGCGCCUAUACUAAUAUUAAUUUGAGUUUAUUCGU